AUGGCACAAGAUGGUUUAAAAGUAAUGUUAACGAACGGCUUUGUAAGUCAUGCAACACCCUCCUUUUUUUAAGGAGCAGAGAUGAAGUUUUUUUGGAAAAGUGAUUAAGAGUUAUUUUCAAUGAUUGGUUUAAAGUUGACUGUUUUUUUCUGACUGUUUCUUUGCAGGUGAGCUACUUCUCAACAUGUGCCUGCCUCAGUGACAGAGCUAAAUAUCCAUCAUUUUUUCGAACAAUUCCCAGCGAUUAUUUCCAGGCCAAAGCUUUAGCAGCUCUGGUUAAACGCUUUGGUUGGCAGUGGAUUGGAGUCAUACACUCAGACAAUGAAUAUGGAUAUAACGGAUACAAGGCUUUUGCCAAUGAGGUUAAAAAACAUGGAGUUUGCAUUGCAUUCGUCAAACCUUUGUUCAACACUUACACUAUGGCUAAAAUUCGAAAUAUUGUCGAAACAAUCAAGCAGUCAACAGUCAAGGUCAUCCUUGCUUUUGUCUCAGAUGCCGACUUUUACCAUUUCAUGCAAGAGGUUGUGAAACAGAACAUUACAGGAAUUCAGUGGAUUGCCAGUGAAGCCUGGAUCACAGCGAUUCAACUCUCAACACCUGAAAUGUACCAAGCUUUUGGUGGUGCUUUGGGGUUUGUGAUGCAGAAGAUGGCGAUUCCAAAACUGAAACCAUUUCUCACAAACAUUAGCCCCUAUACUGAUCCAAGUGCAGCCUUUGUAAAGGAUUUCUGGGGGAUGAUGGUGGGCUGCAGACCUGUUUCACCUGGAGAGCACACAGGCACUGAGACAAUGCAUGAAGUAUGCACAGGCAAUGAGACUUUCAUGGACCUCCAGGAUGUGUUCUUCGAUGUCACUCAGCUCCGAGUGUCUUAUAAUGUCUAUAAAGCAGUUUAUGCUAUUGCUCACGCCCUGCAUCAGCUGGUUUUCUGCCAACCAGUUGGAGGAAAAAUCAUGAAACCAUGUUUGAAUUUAUCGGAUAUUCAGCCCAAGGAGGUGAGAAAUCUUACUAGUAAAAUUUACAAUCUCUUUUUAGUCUUAACAAUAAUAAAUACUGUGCUUCUUUACUCAGGUCACUGAUCACCUACAAAAAGUGAAUUUCAGGAAUCAGUUUGGGGAUGAUGUGUUUUUUGAUGCCAAUGGUGACCCUCCUGCUUCUUAUGAUAUAAUUAACUGGCAGCUGAGAGACGGUCAGGUGCAUUAUGUCACAGUGGGAAAUUUUACUUCUACUGCUGAUGGUGACUAUAAACUCAGCAUCAAUGACAAAGACAUUGUGUGGAGGACAGGGGAAAGGGUAACUUUGAUGGCUUUUUCAUACAUUAGCGAAGUACAGGUACAAAAAAUCUUCUUUUCAUCAGUUUUUGACCUUGUUUUCCCAGAUUCCAACAUCAAUAUGUUCUGCAGAUUGUCCAGUAGGAACAAGAAAAGCUCGAAUCAAAGGAAAACCAAUCUGCUGCUUUGACUGUAUCCUGUGUGCAGAUGGAACAAUAGCCAACUCAACAGGUAUAAAAGGCGUGUUUGUGAAAAUUACAAUUGUACAAAGUUUGGUAUCAUAGUAAAAAUAUCUUCUUUGUAUACCCCUCAUUGUUAAAGGCAAAGCCUUUUUUUGGUCUCUAUUAAAUCCACACAUUUAUUUGUAACUCUUGUAAUUUUUAUGAACAUACACAGAGCUUAAUAUCUCUGUUCAUGUUCAACAGGUGCCACUGACUGCACUCCCUGUCCUCGGGAGUUCUGGUCCAAUGAGAGGAAAGAUGAGUGUAUUCCUAAAACUGUUGAGUUCUUGGCAUAUGCUGAGCCAAUGGGAAUAGUUCUUGCGGUCGUAUCCCUGCUGGGUGCUUCACUGUCUUUGGUCACAAUGAUCGUCUUUAUCUGCUACAGAGAAACUCCUGUCAUAAGGGCCAGCAACUCUGGGCUCAGCUGUUUCCUUUUGUUUUCUCUUUUCUUGUGUUUUCUCUGUCCUCUCACCUUCAUUGGCAGACCCACAGUCUGGACAUGCAUGCUGCGACACACAGCUUUCGGUGUGACCUUUGCUCUUUGUAUUUCCUGUGUCUUAGGUAAAACUAUUGUUGUAGUCACAGCUUUCAGGGCCACCAUCCCUGGCAAGAAAGUUGCAGAAAAGUUUGGACCUGCACAGCAGAGGAUCAUCGUUUGCUCCUGCACUUUGAUUCAGAUAGUCAUAUGUGUGUUGUGGCUCAAAUUAAAGCCACCUUUCCCAGACAUGGUUUUCACAUACAGCAAUAAGAAGAUUGUUCUGGAGUGUAACACAGGCUCUGAGGCUCCGUUUUACUCAGUACUGGGGUACAUUGGGAUCCUCGCAAUACUUUGUUUGGCCCUGGCAUUUCUAGCGAGAAAGCUUCCUGAUAACUUUAAUGAGGCUAAAUUCAUCACCUUCAGCAUGCUGAUAUUCUGUGCUGUCUGGAUCACCUUUAUCCCAGCUUAUGUCAGCUCUCCUGGGAAGUUCACUGUAGCUGUGGAGAUAUUUGCUAUUUUAUCAUCAGCAUUUGGAUUAUUAAUUAGCAUAUUUGCUCCAAAGUGUUACAUCAUAUUGAUAAAGCCGGAGAAAAAUACCAAGAGACAUGUCAUGGGAAAAGUCUGA